UUGGCAGUGCUGGCUCGUAAAUUCCAAGUUUCUGUUUGUUCAUCUGGAAUUCUGAUUCAUUUCCUAAACGCAAAUCCAAAUGCACCGUGACGAACCGAAAUGACUGCCUUGAAGUUCAUGAGGUGCUCCUCCCGCACCUGCCCCACAAUCCGCGCCACCAUCGGAGUCGGGUGGAGCCGCCAUGCGUCCUCCAACCCGCGCUACGACUACGACCUGGUGGUCCUCGGCGGCGGCUCGGCGGGACUGGCCUGCGCCAAGGAGGCGGCUGACUGCGGCGCCCGCGUGCUGUGCCUCGACUUCGUGAAGCCCACGCCGGUGGGCACCAGGUGGGGCAUCGGCGGCACCUGCGUGAACGUGGGCUGCAUCCCCAAGAAGCUGAUGCACCAGGCCUCGCUGCUGGGCGAGGCGGUGCACGAGGCGGUGGCCUACGGCUGGAACGUGGACGACCAGAACCUCCGGCCCGACUGGCGCAAGCUGGUGCGCUCCGUGCAGAACCACAUCAAGUCCGUCAACUGGGUUACCCGCGUGGACCUGCGCGACAAGAAGGUGGAGUACGUCAACUCGCUGGGCGCCUUCCUCGACAGUCACACCAUCGAGUUCCUGGCGAGGCCGGGCUCCGAACGCCGGCAGGUGACCUCCGAGCACGUGGUGGUGGCCGUGGGCGGACGACCGCGUUACCCGGACAUCCCCGGCGCCGUGGAGCUGGGCAUCACCAGUGACGACAUAUUCAGCUACGAGCGGGAACCGGGUCGCACCCUGGUCGUUGGCGCCGGGUACGUGGGUCUCGAGUGCGCCUGCUUCCUGAAGGGCCUCGGCUACGAGCCCACGGUGAUGGUGCGCUCCAUUGUGCUGCGCGGCUUCGACCGCCAGAUGUCCGAGCUGCUGGCCGCCAUGAUGACCGAGCGGGGCGUCCCCUUCCUCGGCACCACCAUCCCUCAGUCCGUGGAGCGGCAGGCGGACGGACGGCUGCUGGUCCGGUACCGAAACACCACCACUGGGACGGAAGGCAGCGACGUCUUCGACACCGUUCUGUGGGCCAUCGGGCGCAGGGGCCUCAUCGAGGACCUCAACCUGCCCGCCGCCGGCGUGGAGAUCCGCAACGACAAGAUCGUGGUGGACGCCACGGAGGCCACCAACGUGCCCCACAUCUUUGCCGUGGGGGACAUCAUUUACGGCCGGCCAGAGCUCACGCCGGUGGCCAUCUUGUCGGGCCGCCUGCUUGCCAGGCGGCUUUUUGCCGGAGCAACGCAGCUGAUGGACUACGCCGACGUGGCCACCACGGUCUUCACUCCGCUGGAGUACAGCUGCGUGGGCAUGUCCGAGGAGACGGCCAUCGAGCUGCGCGGGGCUGACAACAUCGAGGUCUUCCACGGUUACUACAAGCCCACCGAGUUCUUCAUCCCCCAGAAGAGCGUGCGCCACUGCUACCUCAAAGCGGUGGCCGAGAUAUCUGGCGACCAGAAGAUCCUGGGCCUGCACUACAUCGGUCCGGUGGCCGGCGAAGUCAUCCAGGGCUUUGCCGCGGCCCUCAAGUCGGGUCUAACUGUGAAGACCCUUCUCAAUACCGUGGGCAUCCACCCCACCACCGCCGAAGAGUUUACGCGGCUCUCGAUUACCAAGCGAUCAGGUCGCGACCCCACUCCGGCUUCCUGUUGCAGUUAAAGUGUGGGCUCUAUCGGGCCUUUUGGUAGAGGGGCAAAUCGUUUUCAAUUAAGUUUUUCGUCUGACACAUUUUUAAAGCCUUAUGGUCCAAAAUUAUGUUAAAUUAUUAACCUCUUCGUGUCACAGCUGCCAAUUCGUCCUUUUUCAGGGCUGAUCUGAGGGAAUAAAUGACAAAUCUGUCUUUAUUUA